CAGCAGCAGCAAUACCAACAGCAGCAACACGGGGGCGUCGGUGGGAACGCGUUCCCCCCGCGACCGCCUCUUCGCAUGCUCAUCCCUAGCAUCAUGUUCACACUGAUGCUUGCCGUCGGCGCCGGCUUGCUCACCGUCUUCACCAACUACCGUAUCCAGAAGCGCGAAGAGGAGUCGCGGCUGAAGAAUGCACAAAGGGCGCACGCGGAGCGGGGGCGGGAACAGUACGCUGCAGCGGCAGCAACUGGUCCUUAUCGCACUGGCUUUGAUAGCCCGCCAGGGCUGGCGUCGCGCCGUAGACAGUAG